AUGCAGGCUUUCCGAUCUCCCCUUUGCCGGGCCGCAAGCUCCCUCUGCCGGACACGCGGCUAUGCCACCUCCAGCCCGAUCUACUCGGAGACGGCCAAGAACCUGCGCAUCACGAAGGACACGAAGGUGUUGUUUCAAGGCUUCACGGGGAAACAGGGAACGUUCCACGCGGAGCAGGCGAUCGCCUACGGCACCAGAGUCGUUGGCGGCACAAACCCCAAGAAGGCGGGAGAGACCCAUCUAGACAAGCCGGUGUUUGCUACCGUUGCGGAUGCUGUGAAGGAAGUUGGCGCCGAUGCUUCAGCUAUCUUCGUACCACCUCCGGUAGCAGCGAAGAGCAUCGAAGAAGCAAUUGCGGCUGAGGUGCCAUUGGUGGUUUGCAUCACCGAGGGUAUCCCACAACAUGAUAUGAUCCGCGUUACCGAUAUGCUUAAGACCCAAAACAAAACCCGAUUGGUUGGACCCAACUGCCCCGGUAUCAUUGCUCCUGGUCAAUGUAAGAUCGGCAUCAUGCCCGGAUUCAUCCACAAGCGCGGACGCAUCGGCAUUGUCUCCCGAUCCGGCACCCUCACAUACGAAGCCGUGAACCAGACGACGCAAGUCGGCCUCGGGCAAUCGCUCGUCGUCGGAAUCGGCGGCGAUCCGUUCUCGGGCACCAAUUUCAUCGACUGCUUGAACGUGUUCCUGGAAGACCCGGAGACGGACGGGAUCAUCAUGAUCGGAGAGAUUGGCGGGUCAGCGGAGGAAGAGGCCGCGGACUUCUUAAGGGCGAACAAUGUGAAUAAUAUCCCAGUGGUUAGCUUCAUUGCCGGUAUCUCGGCGCCGCCAGGGAGGAGAAUGGGUCACGCCGGUGCCAUUGUCAGCGGCGGGAAAGGAGACGCAAACUCCAAGAUCAAUGCUCUCGAGGCCGCCGGCGUCACCGUCGAGCGAAGCCCUGCAUCGCUUGGAAAGACGCUACAUGCCGAGUUUGUCAAACGGGACAUGAUAUAGACCAGGCAAAACGGGGUUGUAGUCCGGACGAGGCCUUCGUUCUAAUGUGUUGUUUCUAGGAGGUCAUAUAUUUCUGCUGCUGUCUGAUAUCGGUCCGUCGGUUUGCUCUGGCAUAGGCGAUGCAUGUUCUGGCUUUGGACAUUGGACAGUGUCCGUUCUUGUAGUUUUAUUCCGUUUCAAUGAGCCUUUUCCCAGCCAUUACCAAUAUCGAUACUUUGUCGCAACUCGCAUCGGUUGGAGCGCGGUGUAGAAUCAGAACAUAAACCAGACCGCCGUAACAUUUGAAAGUUACUUUUAAGCUUCUCCUUCUGAGUUUAGACACAUGAACCUCCUCGGCGGACAUGGAAGUUGGUUGGGAAUGGUGGAUGCCCCAUGAUCUCGGCACGGAGAUUCAUACAACGACACUUACCGUACUCGCUGCAACGGACCUUAUAGUUAAUUAUCC